AUGUACGGAGACGUGGGAAAUAAACUGGUCCAGCACGCGAAACGAACGCAGAACCUCACACAUCUACCUCCAUACCAGACCGAGCUGGUGCGCGCCGCCACCCGCGAGGUGCGCGAUCUAAACAGAGAUGUGACAAGCCUGCUGGAACCCUUUGACGGUGCCUUCAACCCCAACGAGGACAAAGCAACCGCAUGCGCCCUCCUGGUAAACCACUUGUCGAUGCGCCGAAACAAGCGCUGCCUGCUCGCAUACCACCGCACGCGAACCGAUAAAUUGGAGGAGCUUGUAUGGAGCGGCGUGGACGUGAUGGAGCUGUCUGCGCAAGGGCAACAGUUGAGAGACGGAAGUGGCGGUGGCCCGGGGCCUGCAGAUGGGCCGACUUGCGGACUGAGUCCACAGGAGGAAGACUAUGUGCGGCAGUACAGCGAUCUGCUUGCGGCGUACAAGGGUCAGUGGACGGACAUUGAUCUGACGGGAAGCCUGGAGCCGCCUAGGGACCUCUUUAUCGAUGUCAGGGUGCUCAAGGAUGCCGGUGAAAUUCAAACAGAAUAUGGCGCUAUCACCCUUAGCAAGAACAGCCAAUUUUACGUUCGCCAGGGUGAUGUUGAAAGGCUGAUAGCUCAAGGCUACCUUCAAAAGCUCAGCUAA